AUGACAGACGGCGCCAUUCAGAAGCUGAAGCAACAAUACAACAAGAGUGGUGGCCCGGCUCUGGAGGUCACAUUAGCUGAAGUCCAGGAGGACCUCAAACUCAACCCUCCACAAGUUCUGACCUUGGAGGAGGUAGAGCUUACCAACGGGGCAGCUAAUGGACAUAUGAAGGACUCUCCUGGAUCUGGUCAGAAUGUGAGACUUGAACCGGUGACGGCUCCAGGAAUCCUCUCCCUGGUCCUGAAUAUCUUGUGUGCGUCAUUAAACCUCAUCCGGGGUGUCCAUCUCAUAGAGUACACAUUCCAGGAUGACUAUGAAGGAGUGUGGAGUGUUGUGGCAUUUCUACUGGCGUUUAUCUGCUGCGUGUUUCAGUGCCAACUGUACCUGCUCCACUCAUCCCUGAAGAGGUUCAAGUCCUUCACGUUGCUGAGCCUGAUUGUCUUAUGCAACGCCUACCUGUUUGGCCUGAGGAACACAUGGCAGUUGCUCUUCCACAUCUCCGUCGCUUCCCUCUCCACCCUCCUCAUCCUCUCUCGCAAACUCCAGGACAGAAUCAGUGACUGCGGGGUCUGAGGAACGGAGGGGGACAGUUUAGUGUGUUGCACCACGCCCACGUCUGCCUCUCAGGUGUUUGCUGCAGGUAAGGAAGGACAGAAAGCAGUCGUCUUUGCCCACAUGAGGACAUUUGAAGAAGCCCAGUGGAAAUUUAUAAGCUAAAACGUUAACGGCUUGCCAUUAUUGACCUAAAGCGAUAUUUUUUUACAGGAAGUGGUUGCGCUUUACGUACGCCGUUUCUAAGACUUUGCAAGAGGACAGACCAAAAUGCAAUUCUGCUUAUACUCUCAUGAAUAAGACCCAUUUUCAUGGCAAAGGAUAAAAUGAAGGAUACAGUGGAAGUAAUCUCUAUUUUGGAAGGAAGUGUUGGUCUGACAAGAAUGAUGGGAAAUCUUUUCCAGAGUCGCCGCGCUCGACAAAGUUAACCCGUCAGUCGUUUUUAACCGGAUUUUAAAGGAAGUUCCUCGCCAAGCUUCCUUGUUACUGACUUUGGGACCCGAUUAACGCUGCUGAUGAU